AUGUUGAAAGCUCAAAAAAUAAUUGAAGAAAAGUUGUAAAAGAAUUAAUUUAUUUCAUAUAUAGUAAAAAUAAAUAAAGAUGGAUAAUAAAUUUUACAUAAAUUUGGUUAUUCUAGAGCUUUUUUAGAUAUUAUGGGUGUCUACAAUAACUAUGAAAGCUUCUUUAUGAGGAGAGGACCUAUAAAUCCAUUUAACUAGUAAAAUAGACUUGAUAGACUUAUAGCAGGUUUAUUUCAUAAAGCAGAGGGCUUCUUUUAGAAAUAAACAAAUAAUUAUAGUGACUAUUACUCAAAUGAAUAAAUCUACACACUCGAUAACAUUUCAUUCAAUUGUGAUUUUGUAAUUGAUAAAAUAUUUCUCAACAAAUCUGAUAAAUAUUAUGUAAAUGCAGGAUUUCUUCUCUAAAUAGCUACUUACAAAAUAUCUGAAGAUACUCUAGCUAGAAUAAAGAGUUUUAGACUAAAAAAUGGGCAAAAUAAAUUACUAAAAUAUAUUGAUAGUAAAGAUGAAUACCAAGACAUUCAUUAUACAUGUGAAACAGAAUUAUUUUUAAACCGCUAUUAUUAAUGA